AUCGAGCAUGCGCAGUUGAGGUUUGUGAUAUAUUGCAAGGAAGCAGAGAACAAGAGAGGCUUGCGAGGGAGAUGUUUUAAAUUUACUUGGAAAAACUAGGAAACGUUGAGAUUCACGUGGAUCUAAAGUGGUUUUAGCUACUGCUAAUACAGUCUUCUGGGUGGUGUUGGGAACACAGUAGGGGCAUCAUGAACCCCGAGGCACAGGAAUCUGCAGGGGGCUCUGACCUGGAGUCUGACUUCAACUGGGAUGAAUAUCUGGAGGAGAAUGGAGUAUUGGCUGUUCCACAUCACGCCUUCAAACAUGUGGACCGUAGCCUGCAGACAGGGCUGGCCCCAGGGAUGAUGCUGGAGGUGUCUGUGCGUUCAGAACCUGACCAACCCUACUGGGUGGCUACCAUCAUCACUGCCUGUGGCCAACUGCUGCUGCUGCGCUAUGAGGGUUACCAUGACGACCGACGAGCAGACUUCUGGUCUGACAUCAUGACCUCUGACCUCCACCCUCUGGGGUGGGGUAGGCAGCAGGGGCGGCCAAUGAGACCACCCAAUGGUGUCCGUGAGAAACAUGGUGACUGGGAGGCUGUCCUAGAGGAGGCUCUGGCUCAGGGAGGGAGUGCACCAGCACACCUGCUGCAGGGGGCUCAGGCAGGGGGAGACCCAGCAGACCUGUUUCCCAGAUGUAUGGACCCAGGGGUGGCCUGGGGGGCGCAGGUGGAGGACAACAUAGGGGGCCGUCUGUGUCUGCGCUACGCUGGGACAGAGGGGCUCACCCAAUCACUGAACAGGCGAUGGAUAUUCACCUGGACCUACCUGGACCCCCUCCUGUACCCACCUGGCUGGGCUGAGGAGAACAGCUGCUCUCUCACCCCACCUGCUGUGCUUUGUGGUUUGCGCAGUGAAGCAGAGUGGGAGGAGGUGAGAAAGACCAUCAGACAGCCUAAAGAAGAAGCCUUCAAUCGAGACUUCUUUAAGGACAGGCCAGUCCUCUCUCCUCACUGCUUCUCUGAGGGGAUGAAGUUGGAGGCGGUGAACCCCGCUGCCCCCUUCAACAUCAGCCCAGCUACUGUCACCAAGGUGUUGAAUGAACAGUACUUCCUGGUGCAGAUGGACAGUCUACAGGGAGACAGUGAGGGGGCGGGGCCUGGCUCAUCAUUCCUCUGUCACCAUGGAAGCACUGAAAUCUUCCCUGUCCAGUGGAGCCUUAAAAAUGGGGUACCCCUCAGUCCCCCUCCAGGUUACCAGGGUCAAGACUUUGACUGGGCGUAUUACCUGAAACAGUGUGGCGCAGAGGGAGCGCCAGAGAGCUGUUUUCCUGUGGAGCAGAGUGAUCAUGACUUUGUUGAGUUCAUGAGGCUGGAGGCGGUGAAUCCCAUCUCUCCUAAAUACAUCCACAUGGCAACUGUAACCAGGGUCAGAGGUCAGCACAUCUGGAUAGGUCUAGAAGGGUUGAAGCAGACUCUGCCUGACGUCAUCACGCAUGUGGAAUCCCUGGACAUCUUUCCAGUCAGCUGGUGUGAGAGUAACGGCUACCCCCUCCAACACCCCUCCAAAGCUACAGCUCCAAGGAAGAGCUGUGUGGCCGCGGUGCAACCAGAGAAGCAAUCUCAACUUAAAGCCACGCCCCAUGCAGCGAGGCAGCAGGAUCUGAGCCAAUCAGAGAGCGCUCAGGGGAACGGAAAGUACAGCUGCCCAAAGAUCUUCUUCAACCACCUCUGUUUCUCUGGCCCCUACCUGAACAAGGGCCGCAUCGCAGAUCUGCCCCAGAGCAUCGGCCCUGGCAACUGUGUUCUGGUGCUGAAAGAGGUGUUGACGCUGCUGAUCAGCUCGGCCUACAAGCCCAGCCGGGUGCUGAGGGAGCUGCAGCAGGACCCAGAGCUGAGGCGGCACGGCCAGGGAGAGACUCUCAAGGCCAAGUACAAAGGGAAGAGUUACCGGGCCACUGUGGGGAUUUCCCGUACGGCUGACCAGGUGGCUGAGUUCUGCAGGAAGACAUGUGUGAGGCUGGAGUGCUGCCCCAACCUCAUCACACCUCACAUGGUGCUGGAACACUGCUCUGAGAACUGUUCCCUGCUCACCAAGACUAAAUACACUCAUUACUACGGUAAGAAGAAGACCAAGCGUAUUGGCCGUCCCCCUGGCGGUCACACUAACCUGGAUAUCAGCACCAAAGAGGGGAGCAGGAGGAAGAAGAGGAAGCCCCUGUCUGUCUGCAAAAAACGCCUGUUUACCUCUGUGGACAGCACCCCUGCUUGGUCCCCACUGGGUAGUGGAGAGGAGGAGGAGGAGGACCUGGAUGAGGACUACUCUCUGAGUGAGGAGGAUUCGGGCUCAGAGCAGCAGGGUGACUCUGAGGUGUUAGAGAGGAAGUCCCAGCCCGCCUCUCCCCGUCCCACCCCUCCAGAACCUCGCCCUCGGGAAGGACCCCAAUUAACCUCCUACUCAGAUGAUGAUAACCAGCCCCCCUCACCUAUGAGUGGGCGGGUGGAGUUGCAGGAGAAGCUGCAUCUGGACAGCAGUCCUCUGGGCUGGAGCAUCACUGAUGUGACUCACUUCAUCAGAACCACUGACUGUUCCCCGCUGGCGCGCAUAUUCAGGGACCAAGAGAUCGAUGGUCAGGCCCUGCUGUUGCUGAGCCUGCCCACAGUACAGGAGUGUAUGGGGCUGAAGCUGGGCCCUGCCAUCAAACUGUGUCACCUUAUAGAGAGGAUCAAACUGGCCUUUUACCAGCACUUUGCCAGAAGAUGAGUGUGUGUGUGUCUGUGCGCAUGCAUUAUGUACACUGUUGUUUUCAAUUAUGUGUAUAAACCCUGGAUGACUGAUAGGGGGCGUUGUAUUGAAGCCACCCCACAGCUAUCUCUGUACAUCUAAAUUGUAAAAAAGAUGUUGGAAGCUCUAGAAUCAUUUUUGACAUGUGGCCAAUACAUAGCAUCAGCAAUCCAGGGUUUAUAUACAUCAUCGGUUGUUAUGUACAUUAUAUGCUGCUCCAGGAUGGACACAGCUUAUAGCCUCAGCUGUUCACCCCUGGAAUAUGUGACUGAAUGAUGUAUCUUUCAGGGAUUUCAUGUUUGUUUACCAUUUGUUUGUACACAGUGGAUGGGAAUUGAAAAGCACAAGAUAAUUGAACAAAGUCAUGAUGGAAUUAUUUUCCAUCCAUUCAUCACUUAAGCCUUUGGUUGAAAUGAAAAGCCAGGUAAAGCAUAUAAACAAAAUAGAUCCGGAUACCUGUUUAGGUACUAGUUUACCUCUUAUUAAUGCAAAGCCCCCUCAUUGUGAAACCCUAGACAUGUUGAAUCUGUAUAAUGUGAAUAACACCACCUUAUGUGGGGAGACAUAUUUGCACUAUCAUCACCAGGUUUUUACAUCGGUCUACAAGGUUAGGGUAAUCAAUUUCACUGACUUCAGACUUUUGGGGCCGGUUUUCCACACAGAUUAAGCCUGGUCCUGGACUAAAAACCAUCUUCAGUGGAGAUUCUCAGUCCAGGAAUAGUCUUAAUCUCUGUCUGUGAAAUGAAUCUUAAAUGCAUCCUAUUAGAUUCUCAAUGGGUUAGGCUGUUUCUCAAUGGGUUAGGCUGUUUCUCAAUGGGUUAGGCUGUUUCUCAAUGGGUUAGGCUGUUUCUCAAUGGGUUAGGCUGUUUCUCAAUGGGUUAGGCUGUUCUUGACCUUUUUGUCUAUGAUGACUAUGAUCACUUUAGUUUUUUACUAUAGUAAGUCAGUCACUAGUUAUGGGUGUUCAUGGAGUGGUCGACAGGGUUAUAAUGGUCCUGACAAUUAUGGACCGAUCAGAAAGUAUUUUAUUAUUGAGGACCUGUUUGGCCUCAUUUUACCUCUUGUAUAUUGCAGCUUGAUCAAAGUAUAAACGGAACCAUUUUUAAAGUAUUUGUAAAGAUUGAAUGUCAACUAUGUUUAAAAGCGUUUUGCAGAUUGCUUUGAGUAAAACAUCUAUUGAUUUAUAUAAAAUAAUGUAGGAUAAUAUAAAAUGUAGGAUAAUACUCAUGCUAUCUCUAAAAAAAUGAACUGUACUCAAGGCAGAACUGUUCCAUGUUUGAGACAUUCCCUGUUAUUUAUGCUCAUUAUCACCUUCCACAUCAGCUUGUCAUUUCAUUCAGGGCUGUCAUUGUAAGUCUUCAUGUUUCUAUUCCCGUUCACUUUAUCGAUUUACUUGAUUUUACAUUCCUGUUGCUCAUGUUGAAAAUAAGUUCUGGUAGUUAAGUCAACUAAAUGGGUUUCUCAUGAAACAAUCUAAAAUGUAAAUGGUUUGUGGAUGUUACCAAUGUGAAUAUGUUUCCAGAAUGAUUAUUGCUUUUAAAAGUAAUAAGAUGUGGUCUAGGGCACUGAAUCGCAGUGCUAGCUGUGCCACCAGAGACUCUGGGUUCGCGCCCAGGCUCUGUUGCAGCCGGACGCGACCGGGAGGUCCGUGGGGCGAUGCACAAUUGCGUCGUCCGGGUUAGGGAGGGUUUGGCCGGUAGGGAUAUCCUUGUCUCAUCGCGCACUAGCGACUCCUGUGGCGGGCCGGACGCAGUGCACGCUAACCAGGUCGCCAGGUGCACAGUGUUUCCUCCGACAUAUUGGUGCGGCUGGCUUCCGUGUUGGAUGUGCGCUGUGUUAAGAAGCAGUGCAGCUUGGUUGGGUUGUGUAUCGGAGGAAGCAUGGCUUUCGACCUUCGUCUCUCCCGAGCCCGUACGGGAGUUGUAGCGAUGAGACAAGAUAGUAACUACUAACAAUUGGAUACCACGAAAUUGUGGAGAAAGGGGGGUAAAAUUCAACAACAAAAAAUGUAAUAAGAUGAUAAAAUUGCAGUUUAUCUUC